UGAGGAGGGAGCUUCCAUCUUCUCUUUGCUUCUUCAUCCUCCUUUUAAGAGCAAUUUAGACGUAGACUCGGAGCACAUCCGCGCACCUAAUUCUACAUUAGCUCUACUCCUCUGACGCGCGACUGCUUCUCGUGUGCUUAGCUGGAUAUCUUUCCAAAAGUCUCAUUUGCUCGUUUUUCUCCUUUUUUCGGGAAGGUUGGUUUGUUUUGUUGCACGUUUUUUUUUUCUUUUGCACUCUGACACACGAGAGGUCUUUCCCACCACCGCGAAUGAUGAUAGCGGUGGCGGUGGGCGAGAAAAAAGCAAAUAUUGCUCUUUUGAUAUCCUGAGCGUGCACACGCGUGACAUUUUCACGGGGAAUGGCAGCGGGUGACGGAACCGCUACGAGCACCAGCGACACCAGAGCCACGUUCUCGCACUUUUAUCGGGGAAAUUGGACCUUUUAAAACCCGUCUGACUACCUGCUCAUCACAAAACAAGAACAUAAUACUCAUCGAAAUACGUCGCUUAGCCUCGCGCGCCGGUGAUGGUAGCGAGACAGCCGCGCUCGAGCUCCGCACGCGCAUUUCGAGACGGUUUUGGCCACUGAGCCGUUUUACGCACAUUGUCAACUUCAGCAUUUUGUGUAGGAUCAUGUCGCGCCGCAAGCAAGCGAAGCCAAGAUCCCUCAAAGUAGAAGACAAUGUGACAGAGGAGCAGCAGCAGCACAGUCCCGGGCACACCGCCAUUCCGAGCGAUCCAGAGUGCGCCCCCGAGAGGGCGUCGGAGGACGCGGAGAGCGGGCGUCUGAGGAAGAAGAGGCUGCUCUCUCCCGAGGAGGUCGAGGAGGGAGAGGAGGACGACGAGGAGCCGGCGCUGCACAGCUGCGACAGCUGCCGGCAGGUGUUCGAGUCGCUGAGCGAUCUCACCGAACACAAGAUUAAUCAAUGCCAGCUGACAGACGGUGCAGACAUUGAGGACGACCCAUCAUGUUCUUGGCCAGCCUCAUCUCCCUCCAGUAAGGAUCAAACAUCUCCGGGACAGUGUGAAGACUAUGAUUUUGGAGAGGAUGAAGGGGGACCAGGCCUGCCAUACCCGUGCCAAUUCUGCAACAAGUCGUUCAGCCGCCUGAGCUUCCUAAAACGGCACGAGCAAAGCCACGGCGACAAGCUUCCGUUUAGCUGUACCUUCUGCAGCCGUCUGUUCAAGCACAAGCGCAGCCGCGAUCGACACGUCAAGCUGCACACUGGUGACAAGAAGUACCACUGUGGCGAAUGUGACUCAGCCUUCUCCCGCAGUGAUCACCUGAAAAUCCACAUGAAAACUCACGCCUCCAACAAACCCCACAAGUGCCCCGUCUGCCGCCGAGGCUUCCUCUCGUCAAGUUCACUGCAUGGCCACAUGCAAGUGCACGAUAGGGGCAAAGAGGGCGGCGGCUCGAGCCUCUGUCGAGUUGAUGACUGGAAACUGAAAGAGACGCGUAAGUGCAGCCGUUGUGAGGAAGGCUUUGAUGUCCCAGAAGAUCUUCAACGGCACAUUGCUGAGUGCCACCCUGAGUGCUCCCCAUCAGAGGAUGGAGGCUUGGGUGCCACCCUUCAGUGCAUCUAUUGCCACGAGCCCUUCGGUGAUGAGGGAACCCUGCUGACUCAUAUCGAUCAGGCUCACAGCCGUGACCGGAAGAGCCACUCCUGUGCUAUAUGCUCUGAGCACUUUUUGUCUGUUGAAGACCUUUAUGCUCAUAUGGACAUCCAUCAACUCCCUGAAUCUAGCAACCAUAGUAACAGCCCUUCUUUGCUAACUGUAGGAUACACCUCUGUCUCAAGCACCACUCCAGACUCAAACCUCUCUGUUGACAGCUCAACAAUGGUAGAAACAGCGCCGCCUGUCCCCAAAACACGGGGCCGGAGGAAGCGGGCUGCUCAUAACGCAUCAGAGACAGGGGGAAGGGCGGCCAAACAGCCAAAGGUUUCUUACAGUUGCAUGUACUGCAACAAGCAAGUGUUCUCUAGUUUGGCUGUUCUUCAAAUUCACCUGCGGACCAUGCACCUGGACAAGCCGGAGCAGGCGCACACAUGCCAAUUUUGCUUGGAGGUCCUGCCGUCAUUGAUAAAUCUAAAUGAACAUCUAAAGCAGGUACACAAUGCUGAAAGCCAUCCAGCCCUGCUAGCUGGCUUGCCGGACUCCCUCCUUCAGUGCAACUUCUGCCCCGAGAUACUGAGUGAUCUCAAUGCCCUGCAGGAACAUAUCCGCUGUUCUCAUGGCUUUCCAAGUCCCGUGGCCAAAGAGAGCAAUGCCUUCUUUUGUCCCCAAUGCUUCAUGGGCUUCUUGACAGAGACGACCUUGGAAGAGCAUGUUCGUCAGACUCAUUGUGACGGGGGUAGCCUGCGUUUUGACUCUCCUUUGGCUGUCACUCCCAAGGAGCCUAUUGUAGAGGUAUACUCUUGUUCAUACUGCACUAAUUCACCCAUAUUCAACAGUGUUCUGAAGCUCAAUAAGCACAUCAAAGAGAACCACAAGAAUAUUCCUCUUGCACUCAACUACAUCAACAAUGGAAAGAAGACAUUGCACUCCCUCAGCCCAUCGUCUCCAAUAACCGUAGAGCAAGCAAGCAUGCUCAAACAGGGUGGCUCAGCCACACGUUCUACUAGUGAAUUCAUAUGUAACCAGUGUGGGGCCAAGUAUACCAACUUAGAUCUUUUUCAGACUCACCUAAAGACACACCUGGAUGGCCUGCAGCCUCAACUCACCUGCCCUCAGUGCAACAAAGAGUUCCCAAAUCAGGAGUCUCUGCUGAAGCAUGUCACCAUUCACUUCACAAUCACCUCCACGUACUACAUCUGUGAGAGCUGUGACAAACAGUUCACAUCUGUGGAUGACCUGCAGAAGCACUUGCUGGACAUGCAUACCUUUGUGUUCUUUCGGUGCACAUUGUGUCAAGAGGUGUUUGACUCAAAGGUGUCAACCCAGCUCCACUUAGCUGUAAAACAUAGCAAUGAGAAGAAGGUGUACCGCUGCACCUCCUGCAACUGGGACUUCAGGCACGAGACAGAUCUGCAGUUACAUGUCAAACACAGCCACCUGGAAAACCAAGGCCGCGCCCACCGUUGCAUCUUCUGUGGGGAGUCAUUUGGGACGGAGGUGGAGCUGCAGUGCCACAUCACCACCCACAGUAAGAAGUACAACUGCCGCUUCUGCAGCAAGGCUUUCCAUGCGAUUGUGCUUUUGGAAAAACAUUUGCGGGAGAAACAUUGUGUGUUUGAGGGAAAAGCUCAGAACUGUGGUGCUAACGGCUCUGCUGUAAGUGGGGUGGACGGUCAUCCGAAAGAUGAAGCAGAGUUGCAAGGCCUUCUAACUAACAGCCAUGGGACAGGGACCACAGGAGGAUCUGUAGUGGAGUCCCAGAACAGCCACGAUGGAAGCGAGGAAGAGGUAGAGACUGCCGAGCCCAUGUAUAGUUGUGACAUUUGCGGGGCUUCGUACACAAUGGAAUCUCUUCUCACAAACCACCAGCUGAGGGACCACAACAUUCGCCCAGGCGAGAGCGCCAUGAUGAAAAGGAAAGCUGAAAUGAUCAAAGGAAACCACAAGUGCAACGUAUGCUCUCGCACCUUCUUUUCUGAGGCUGGGCUAAGGGAACAUAUGCAGACGCACCUUGGGCCAGUCAAGCACUAUAUGUGUCCAAUCUGCGGGGAGCGUUUCCCCUCUCUGCUCACCCUGACCGAACACAAGGUCACCCACAGCAAAAGUCUGGAUACAGGCAGCUGCCGCAUAUGUAAGAUGCCUCUCCAUAGUGAGGAGGACUUCCUAGAGCACUGUCAGAUGCACCCCGACCUAAGGAAUUCACUGACGGGUUUCCGGUGCGUCGUGUGCAUGCAAACGGUCACCUCUACAUUGGAACUCAAGAUUCACGGUACCUUUCACAUGCAAAAAACAGGGACAAUGUCUGCCAGCCAAUCCAUUGGUCGCGGCAAUGCCGUAUCUCACAACCAGCAGCUCCAUAAUGUCCAAAAACCAUUUAAGUGUGCCUCCUGCUUGAAAGAUUUCCGUUCAAAGCAGGAUCUAGUCAAAUUGGACAUCAACGGCCUGCCUUAUGGACUUUGCGCAUCUUGUGUGGCCAACGCUGGUUCAAAGAGCUCCAGCCCAACGAUGAAUGGAGGCAGGCAACAGCAGCAACAGGCGGGUGCCUCCACUCCAGCGCCAAACGCCGCUCAAUGGAUUCAGGGAGAGAGUCUCAGCCCAGGCGAAGGAAAAGGCAAAGCUGUCUCUUCGUCAUCAUCGUCCUCUUCCACAUCCUCAGCAGCGGCCACAAAAACACGGUGCUCGAGCUGCAAUGUGAAGUUUGAGACCGAGGCAGAAUUGCAGAACCAUGUCCAGAGUGUGCACGCAGGGGACAACAGCAGCGGGCAGCUAAAGACACCCCAAAUGUCCCCUAUGCCCAGAUCCAGUCCAUCACAAACUGAAGAGAAGAAGACAUACCAGUGCAUCAAAUGUCAGAUGGUCUUCUACAGCGAAUGGGACAUCCAAGUUCAUGUGGCCAACCAUAUGCUUGGAUCACAAGUUUCUGGAUCACUUCCCAAACUAGGUGGAAUUACUUUAAUAUUUUAACUGCAUCCCCCAGUGUUGUGCAUCCAUAAACAUAAGCAAGUCAUAUUAAUUUCCCCAUGCAUGUGAAUGUUGUGAGCAUGCUUGCAGAGACUCUUAAAAUGUUGACUAAAGUUGGAAGAAAAUAUCUUGAGAAUUUCAAUCUCUACUGCUAUGGAUGUAUGUAUUUUCGUUUAUUAUUACCUUUUUUUUUUUGUCAUACAUUCUUAUGCUUCACCUGGUCAUAUUAUGUAUAUGUGAUGUAUGACUAACAAUGCAAGUGAGAGAUUAUUCGGGCUUCAAAAUCUUCUUGACAACAAAUGGUAAUGUUAUUUACCAAAAAUCUGUGGUUGCCUUUGUUGUCAUCUGUAUGCAGGCAGUAGUAUUUGUAAAGACGAGACAAUUGGAAAACAUUUUCUUCCUCGCCUGCAGUAAGUAGGCAUCUGAAUUCUGGUCUCACGUUCCUUUAUUCAUUCAUUUAUUCAGCUCGUUUGGCGGCUCUUUCAUUACACUGCAUUAUCUGUUGUCUUCAGUGGGGGAGAGACUCAUUGAUCUGGAACCAAACCGCCUCUCUGUUUGGGACACGCUUCUAGGCGCAGGUGAAUUUAAACACGGUGGGCAAUUCUAUCAGGACCGCUAGGCAAUUCUAUCUGGGGCCUACUGUUUGUGCAUAAACAAUCAGAAGCAUGUGAUUUGUGAUUUUGAUGCCGCGGUGCAUUUGCAAAGGAGUGAGAUGAGCCCAGAGUGUAGGUGUGUGUUUUGUAUUCAUCUUUGCAAUCUGCUCACCCACUAUUCUACUGGGGGUGCCUAAUACAGUACCAUGCCAGCAUUAGUCCUUUCUAUUGCAAAGGCGGGCACGGAACACACUGGGAGGGUAGAAAACAAACCCCCCUACUGGUUACUUUAUGUCUUUCAGCAGCGCCAGCACACAGCUCCACCGUAAUAGUGGAAUUCGGGCAGCUUAAGAUAACAGGAGGAUGGGUGAUUGGGUUAUUGUCUGAUGUCUUACUCCUCUGAUAUGCCAUCGCUUUGUAUUCCACAUGAUCACGCGUUCCAUCAGACUCCUCAAAAGGCUGUAUGCUGGAUAUGUUUGUCUAGCCAAUCGUAAAAUGUGGAGAAAGCCACACGUGUGCUUGCAGUUUGUCCUAAAGUGACUUUGUAAUAUGUGGGAAAAAAAUACACAGAGCGGAAAUAAAGGAAGACCACAACACGACCACCUGCACAAUCUAAUGAGAGUGUGUACAAGAUUCGAGAUAAUGUUCCUUUUCGAUCGACGCUAUCAGAUUGGAACUCAUUAAAUAUACUGAUUAUCAUGGUUGUUGGCUGUAGCGUGCAGUAAUUUAGAACUAAUUAAGUUGGUUUGGUUUUUUUCAACUUGAAAAUAUGACUGUCUUUUAACCCUUUAACAUCUGGGCCUAUUUUGUCCGAAUUUUCAUGCCUUUGAUGUUUAAUCCCUAUAUAUUUCAAAGAAAAAUUGUUCACAAUGGCUUGGUUGGGUCCCUUGUUUCAGGACUUCAUAAGCCUUCAUGCCCAAACCUUUGUUUUCUUCACUGACCAAUUUUAAUCAAAAUUUUGGACCCAAAAAGACGAAAAAAUCCCCAGAUUUUUUGCUCAAGUUUGUAAUAUAGAUUUCCAAUUGACAACCAAACAUGCUCAACAUUUUGAAGGUUUAUAAUAUCUAUUCAACAUGUUAGGAUGAACACUCACCAGAAAAAAUUGAUACUGAAUAGUUUUUAUAUCUGAUUAUUCAACAGAAACAGCAGGUAGGGUCAAAGGCAUUUUUGCUUUCUACAUAAUAUGGUCGAAACAGGUUAUAUGCAGUAGACCAACAGUGCAAAAUAGUGAAUAUACAUAUAUACCAUCUAACACAAAAAGGGUUUGGACGAUAUCUCUUUGUGUACCCAUCACCAUAUCAAAAGUAUAUACUGUACAUUAAGCCUGAACGAUACAUCGUUUAAACAUCGCAAUCGCGAUGUGAGCGUGCGUGCGUGUCCCAUCGCAAGCACGUGCGAUAGUUUUUAUUUUUUUUAAUCCACAUACGCCUUGCUUUCUGAUCUGCGCACAGCCUCACACCCUUCUUCUCCCAAGUCUUUGUUCCUCUCAGUCACUGCGGCACUUGCUUAUUAAAGUUAACAUGGCUUUGAUCUGGCCAAAGAAGCAGACUUCACACGGGCAUCUGUCAAUCAUCGUUUA